UAUAAAAAUAAUAAUAACAAUAAAAACAUCAUCAAUUGACUGAAAGAUUAAGUGACUAAGUCAAUUAAACACUUAUUUGUAGACAAUUUUCCUUUGCGUUAAGUGAUUGUGAACUUUUGAUUACAUUUAUAUUUUUUAUAAAAUUAUUCAAACUUUAGACCAAAAGAAAAACAAUGAAGAAAUAUUUCGUUUGCUUCUUAUCAGUUAAAAAUAAAAUAAAAUUAAUCUCAUAAAUGACGAAGUGUAUUGAAUAAUAAGCAACAUAAUUUAUGGACUCAAAUAUUGUGAAACCACAUAAAAUGACUGUGACACCCCUUCGAAUGGUUACGAUGUCAAGUCCGACGGUAACUUCAGUUGACUCGCCACCGCAAAUAAAAACUGUGACGUCGCGAAUUAGUAAUUUUAGCGUUGCAUCGUUAUUAGCAGAUACGCGAUCAAAGACACCGCCACCCUCAAGAAUUAUUGCAAAUCACAUUGCACUCUCAAAUAAUAAUAACAACAAUGAGAUUUGUCUCACGCCGAAGAAUCUGUCAAUAUCACAAGCAAGUUCGUGUUCACCAAACUCACAAAAUAAUGACAGCAGUAACUCGAUAAAGUGUCAUAACGACAGUGAAUUAUUGGAUCAACGAUCUCACACGCCUCACAGUUCAAUUGCGUCAGAUGAUUACGAUGACUCGAUACAUGACGAGGACGAUGAAGAUGUUGAUAUUGAAGAUGUGAAUAGUGAAAAUAGUACAAACAGUCCUCAAAAGUCGUCAUCAUCAAUAGGAUUAUUACCUUCACAAUCAUUGGUCGGUGGAGCUGUUCCGAUUAGACCAACACCUUUCAGUGCAUUAGCUGCAGCAGCAGCUGCUUGGGGUGGCAUGAGUAAUGGUGUUGGUGGAUGGCCAGGAAGACAAUUGCCACCUUUCGGUCCACCAGGACUUUUCCCUGGUCAAGGAUUUCCAAAUCAUAUGAAUGGAGAUAAUGAACCACCUCGACUAAAAUGUAAUCUUCGAAAACACAAACCGAAUAGAAAACCAAGAACUCCCUUCACCACCCAACAGUUGCUUUCACUCGAGAAAAAGUUCCGCGAGAAACAAUAUUUAAGUAUAGCAGAACGAGCAGAAUUUUCGUCUUCCCUUCGACUGACCGAGACACAAGUGAAGAUCUGGUUUCAAAAUCGACGAGCGAAAGCUAAAAGACUGCAAGAGGCUGAGCUUGAAAAGAUAAAAAUGGCAGCACUUGGGAGAGCCGGUCCAGGUGCAGCACAACUUUACAUGGGAUAUUUCCACCCGAGUCUAAUGGGAGGUAUGCAUCUUGGUUAAUUAAGAGAAAACGAAUGUGAAUUAGUGUACUUAAUCAUUCAACCAAGACAUUUCAAAAGUGCCAAAAAAGCUUAUACACAAAACAUUCAUAUACAUACAUAUAAGAAAAUUAUUUAAUUAUAAGAACCAGUGAUCCAUAAAAUUGAUUAAGAAAGAAAGAAAGAAUAUUUGAGUGAAAAUUAUGAAAAGAUGAGAUAAGCUCAUGUGGUUGAUAUCUUAAUAGAUUUUAAUUAAGGAUGUUAUAAGAAUAAAGACUUCUGUAAAUAGAUGAAAUCAACCAAAUAAAAAUUUCUAAGAUGUAAGAAACAUGAUCGAUAUUGUCAUGAGAAAUCUGAAAAUAAAAGAAAAAAGAAAUCGAAAU